AUGAAUCGCUUUGGCCCACUGCUUAUGCAUCAACUGGACCACCUCCUGGAGCUUGUUGAUUUCAACAGCAGUGCUGAAGUAGAAUAUCUCCAGAUUGCCCAGUGCCUUGAGGGGAUGCGCCAGCGAUGCUGUCAGCUAGAUCGCGAUUUGCAGAGGACAAGGCAGCAGUUGCAGCAGUCAGAAUCUGAGCGUUCCAUGCUGGAGGUGAAACUGAAACAUGCCCGCAACCAAGUAGAGGUGGAAAUGAAGAAAAGACGUUGGGCAGAAGCUGAGCUGGAAAAGCAGGAAUGCAAAUUGCAGUUUAUCUAUGACUACCUAAUGGCUGACCCCCUGAUCAGUCCCCUCACUGAAGAUCAGCGUGCAGACCUGGCAGGUUUUGAGAGACUGGGUUUUAGCCGCAGCAGCCUGCUGCCUGGAAAACAGAUGUGUGCAGUGGAAGAACUCAAUACCUCGAUCCUAUCUGACAUUAGUUUUGAUCGUUCAGAUGAGGAAGUGGAUGUAGGCACGAUAAAACCUGUCAAAAACAAAAACAGAGAGCAUUUCUCCCUGGUCCCCCUGGUUCAGCCAGCGGUAGCAGCCAAGCACUCACGGCCUUCUGGAGCAUUUGCUCACAGCGGGAAGGAUGUGUCCCUGCCUUUCAAUAUAUUCCUCGUUCUGAAUGUGAUCCUUUCCUCCACAGAGCUCACUUCUAUCUGGAAUAGCACUGAUGAAUCUGGUGGACAGAACAGCCAGGCUGGAAGCAAGACCACUGGACCUACCUCCGGGGGAACUGUUGGUGCCUUCACUCAUUCACCAGGAAUGCCACCGCUCCAGCAGCACCAGUUGGCUUCCAAGAUGGUGAUUCGUCUUGACUGGUGUGCUGUUUGCAAAUCUCGCCUGCGCUUUGGGAAGAUGGCACUUAAAUGUUGGUCGUGUCAGCUUCUAAUACAUCCAGAGUGCAAAGAACACUGUCCCUCUCUGUGUGUGCCAGGUGCCCACCCCAGAGUGAAAGAGGGCAUACUAGCUGAUUUUGCACCUUCCAAGCCACCUCUGGUGCCCCCCAUUGUGAUUCAGUGUGUGGUUCACGUGGAAAAACGUGGCCUGCAAGAGGCUGGACUGUACAGGGUGCCAGGUGCAGAACCCCUUGUGCGUGAAUGGAAAUACAAACUGCUCUGUGCCCAAGAAGGACUUCCGUCACUCGACCAUGUGGCUGAUGUGAAUGUGAUCUGUGGCAUCCUCAAGGAUUUCCUGAGGACUCUGAAAGAGCCUUUAGUUACCUUUUGCCUGCACUCUGCCUUUCUGCGUGCGGCAGAAAUUCUGGAUGAAUCCACCUGCCAUACUGAACUCUGCCGUGUUGUCAUGAAGUUGCCUCCAACUAAUCGAGACACGCUAGCUUUUCUCAUGCUUCAUUUGCAUAGGGUCAUGCAGAGCCCUGACUGUCAAAUGGACUGCCGUAACUUGGCACGUAUCUUUGGACCAAUGCUAGUUGGGCACAGCACUCCCAGCCCCAGCCCACUUGCCAUCAUCGAAGAUACACCACGCCAGUGCCUGGUGGUCUCCCAUCUCCUAGCAUUGCCACUCAAAUUUUGGAAGCAUUUUAUAGAAGAAGAGCAAGAAAACCUUGUCCCAUCAGUACAGCAGUCCAUUGCAAUGAAUGAGCAAGACCAGCUCUUCCAUCCUCUUGUUUCCCCAGAAGCCAUCGCUGUCCAGAUGAGUCCAAGAAAUGGCUGCUUUCCAAACAAGCUUUGUAACUGCAUGGGUACCACUUUGCCACCUUUGAAUGCUCCCCGUGCCAAAAAGAUGGGAAGAUUCUUACCACUUCCAAAAUAAGGAACUACUCAGCCUGGCCAUCUAGUCCGAUUGCUAAUGAAGGGUGUGUUCACCACUUGGUGGUUGUAUCAUUCUUGCCUUGGCUCUCUCCAGCAAGCCUCCUUCCAACUUGGAGUGGAGUUCAAAGGGAGUUUUAAUAAUCCACCAUCAUUUCUUAAUAGUGGAUGACAUUUUGAUCUCCUUCCUGGAGAACAGCAUGGCUCCCUUCUUUCCAUAACUAGGGAUUCACAAAAGAGUGGAAUGCAUCCUUGACUUUCCUAAUACUGAUGUCUCUAUUGUGGACUUGUGGGUGAACUGAAGAUGUUCAGACCUGUUUUGGUCAAUUUACUUACAGAUCAUAGCAAUGAGCAGAUUCAGUAGGUUGAAUCUGACUGGUGGACAAAAAUAUGCUCACUUAUGUACAUUUUGGUCCAUUAUCUAUUAUACUUAUAUAGCAGAAUUUGAUAAUAUUAUUUGAUGUCAGGAAUGUGGAUGGGGAAAGAGAAAAAAAUAAUCCCUGUAGCUGAAGGCAAGAAAUGUUCUGAAGGCUUAGCUUUUUCAAAGAAACAUCACUUUUAUUGCAGAAUUGCUCUAGCAACAAAUCUUCUUGGACAAAGGGAGGCCUUUGACUCACUUUAGAAUUAGGCAGAUCUUUUUUUCAGGGGAUAUAGAAAAAUAAAAAUGGCCAUGCUCAUGCUCAUGCAUGAUGGGGGAUGCCUGGGAAGAAAAUCAAAAUCCAGUUGGGCAAUAUCUUUUCUUUGGAGCAACAAGAGUGCACAUGCUCUCAGAUUUUCCAGAACUCUUAAUCCUGUAUUACAAAAGCAGGAAUAAGGAAGAUAAACUAUCUGAAAAUAGAAGUUGCAGCCUAAAUUAUCCACCAUUUGUUGCAGGCAUCUCAGUAGGGGGCAUCAGCAGGAAAUCACCGGGCUGCAGGUUAGAUAGGGAAGAUGAAAAAUGUUGUAGGGGAAAAUAAUGGCAAACCACUUCUGCACUGUUGACAAGAAAAUUUUGUGGGAUCAGUGCGGUCAAGAACUGAGCUGAGCUGAGCUAUACUUAGAGACCUUAUUGUAACAGGCAGCAGAUGUUGCCUUACAUACAGUGGAAUAAAGAAGCCAUUUCUGAAAACUAAAAUCAGGCAGGACCUUAGAGCUGAACCUGGCCUUGGAUUAAACACAUAUCCUUCAGGCUAGUUAAGAGAAUAAAAGAUGACAAUCUUGAAUGAGGCAUUAAUUUGAAGUUUUGUGUUGCACCAAGAUAAAGCCACUGGCUUCAAAUCUCAUCAAUGCAACAGUUAGCUUAAUCCUGGGGGCUUUCCCGCUAUUACCCCAAGUGGGGCGAAGAGAGGUCAGGAGAACUCAAAGAAAUCACAUCCUGUUCAUU